UAAGAUAUUUUGUAUUUUCAGUUAUCUGCAUGAUAGUUUAACUACAAAGUAAAAAGUAACGUAUAUGUUGCGUUAUCGGGAACAGAAAGAAGAAAAUCACAAACAACAAGUAAAGCAAUAAGAUGUGGUUUCCACUCCUUGCUGUCGUCAUCGUCGCGAUAUCAGUACCAAGUCAAGCUGCAGAAAAACGUGAUUUACAUGGUGCAGCUAACGGAACGACUACUAGAACGAUUACUAUCGAACCUAACGGAACAGCUACUAUCGAACCUAACGGAACAGCUACUAUCGAACGUAACGGAACAAUGACUAUCGAACCUAACGGAACAAUUACUAUCGAAACUAACGGAACAGCUACUUUCGAACCUAACGGAACAGCUACUAUCGAAGCUAACGGAACAGCUACUAUCGAACCUAACGGAACAGCUACUAUCGAACCUAACGGAACAAUUACUAUCGAACCUAACGGAACAGCUACUAUCGAACCUAACGGAACAGCUUCUAUCGAACCUAACGGAACAGCUACUAUCGAACCUAACGGAACAGCUGCUAUCGAACCUAACGGAACAGCUACUAUCGAACCUAACGGAACAGCUACUAUCGAACCUAACGGAACAGCUACUAUCGAACCUAACAAAACAGCUACUAUCGAACCUAACGGAACAGCUACUAUCGAACCUAACGGAACAGCUAUUAUCAAAGCUAACGGAACAAUUACUAUCGAACCUAACGGAACAGCUACUAUCGAACCUAACAAAACAGCUACUAUCGAACCUAACAAAACAGCUACUAUCGAACCUAACGGAACAGCUACUAUCGAACCUAACGGAACAAUUACUAUCGAACCUAACGGAACAGCUACUAUCGAACCUAACGGAACAGCUACUAUCGAACCAAACGGAACAGCUACUAUCAAACCUAACGGAACAGCUACUAUCGAACCUAACGGAACAGCUACUAUCGAACCUAACGGAACAGCUACUAUCGAACCUAACGGAACAGCCACUAUCGAAGCUAACGGAACAAUUACUAUCGAACCUAACGGAACAGCUACUAUCGAACCUAACAAAACAGCUACUAUCGAACCUAACAAAACAGCUACUAUCGAACCUAACGGAACAGCUAUUAUCGAACCUAACGGAACAAUUACUAUCGAACCUAACGGAACAGCUACUAUCGAACCUAACGGAACAAUUACUAUCGAACCUAACGGAACAGCUACUAUCGAACCAAACGGAACAGCUACUAUCGAACCAAACGGAACAGCUACUAUCGAGCCUAACGGAACAGCUACUAUCGAACCUAACGGAACAGCUACUACCGAACCUUACGGAACAGGUACUAUCGAACCUAACAGAACGACUAUUAUUAAACCUAAUGGAACAAUAUCUUUAAAACCUAACGGAACGACAGCGAUCAAACCUAACGGAACGACAACUAUCAAACCUAACCGAACGACUACUAUCAAAUCUAAUGUAACAACUACUUCCAAACCUAACGUAACGACUGCUGUAAAACCUUACACAACAGCUGCUCCAGCCAAACCGGAACCAGGUGUUACAGCAAAACCGGAACCUGCCAUUAUUAAGUUAGAUUCUCUGAACAUAAAAAUUGACUUGGAAAUAAAACUAGAUAAAGCAAAUUUUAAUGACAGUUUAAAAGAUAAAUCGUCAGAACAUUACAAACAUUACGAAGCAGCUUUCAAGAAAAGGCUCCAUGACCAGUACAAAAAUAUCGAAGGUUUUGAUCACGUGCGCAUCAAUGGAUUCAGAAAUGGUAGUAUUGUAUGCAACUAUACCAUCGUUAUGAAAGCUGACACGAAUAUCUCUUCCGUACAAAAUGACAUCGUAGAUCAGUCAAAAUCAUUACGAAACAUGACACUAAAUAUAGAAGGAGAGAAAACAGCCUUUUCUUUGACGAUGAAUAUUUCAACAGUGAACACAAUCAUUGCACAAGUGGUAAAAGAUCAGAGUAAGAAUAUUUGCAAACUCCUUGACAAACCAUGUGACGCAAGUAAAGACUGUGAAUCUUCAAGAAAUGCAAUAAAAUGUGUACAUAAAUGCGAGCAAUCACGAUAUAAAGAUAAAUGCUUUAAUGGUGGAACUUGUUAUUUCGACAUACGGCUAAAAGAACCUACAUGCAAAUGUAAAAGCGACGACAGUGAUUACGUAUAUUAUGGGCCUACCUGCAUAAAGAAAACCGAAAAUCUUGCCUUGGCUAAAAGUGAUAUCAUUGGAAUAGGAGCUGGGUGCGGAGGAGGUGUGUUGCUGAUACUUAUUGUUGUGAUUGUUGUUUUAUUGAGAAGAAAUGGAAAGGGACAUAAACAAAGCGAACCAAAGGCAGAUUAUUCAAAAUCUGUAAGCAUGGACGACCUUCGUUUCGACAAGAUGGACGAUUCACGUUCAUCAAAUGGUUUCUUUCAUCGUUCGGGUGGACGUGCACGUGAAAAUCAGUACGAGUCGGGACUACCUGACACAAAAUAUGUACAGGGACGGGAGCAUAAAGUGAUGAAAGACAGAACAGGAGAAGAGACUUACAUUUAUCAGCCUUCAAAUUAUAUUAGUCCUGUGUCAAGGUCACGGAAUGGAUCGACAUACAGCCACACUACAUCUGUCCCGUCUGUUUAUGACUACAUUGACACGGAAUCAAAGUUUGAAAUUCAACGGCCAAACAUUCGUCUCGGACAUAUGAACAAAUAUUAGUAGAAGCUGACAGUCGUCUAUCACUAUCGCUUCAUUCUGUGAAAGACUGGGGGAAGGAAGCCAAUAAAAAUCCAAUAUUCAAUUCUAUUAGCUGGUAGAGUACUUGAGUUCUUCCACAACAGAACAACAGAAUGUGUCGUGAUUCUGUUUUAAUUUUGUGUUAAUAGACAUAAGGCGAGUUACUAGCGUGCUGUAUCUACACAGUUUUUAAGAAAAUCAGCAAACUGACUACAAAAAUAAACAUGUAUAUUGAUAUGGUUAUGUAAAAUCCAGUUUGAUUUAUUAAUAUCAUAAUGCUAAAUUAAUUGUCAUAUGUUUUUGUAAAUGCAUCUUUAGUGACACAUUAAAUUUUCAUACUGUGUGUAUUGAUACAAAUUUGUCAGUAUGUAGAAUAGUAUAGCUUACACAUUGAGCUAUUUAUAUAAGCAGACAUAUUUUGAAUACUUAUAUACUAGACACAGUGGAGUAACUGUUCAUGUUAUUGAAUAUGAAACUAAAGCAUAAUAUAUCUUUAACUGAACUUGUAAAAGCGCAAUACCUCUUACAA